GGACAUUUAACUUUGUCUUGUUUGGUAUUUGAUGCUUGGCUGCACAAGCGAAGAUUUUGUUUUUGUUUAUUCAUUUAUUGAUAAAGUGUGUCGUGUGAGAAAAGCGUAAACGAGUUUCCCAGUAGCACUUUGUGUUGUGUGUGAGGAAUGAUGAUGGAAUGGUGAAAACGGUGAAAAGAAACCAAACGAUAGAAAGGCAAAAUCCAAUCAUACAAAAACAGACCAAACGAAAGAAUAAUAGUGGUUCAAGAAGAACGGUGCGCUCCAAUGCGAAUGAAAAGAAAAGGCACAGAGAAACGAAGAGAGGGAAGAGAAAGGAGUAACUUAACUGCAAACAACACUAAUAUAUGUAUAUUUGAUCUGAGACAUACAUGCAUAACAUACGUGGAAUGUGGACAGGAAUGUACUUGAGAAACCACUGAUACAGCCGAAGCACACGCGCACUUAUGUUUGAAAUACCAACUGUUUGAUGUGAACACAAAAAUUAUAUAUAUUAUUUCAUGAUAAAACAGACAGUAUAUGUUUGCCAGAAUAACCGUCAGCAUCUUCCAAACGAAUUUAAUUUAAAUGUGAUUGCAAGACAAUCCAAUUUAAGAAAAAUGCAUCACAGCCGUCGACGGAAAAAACAACGGCCAAGCUAUGGGAAGCGUAUAGUUGAUGUGUGUCGAUCGGUAAAUGGGUUCGGAUUCACAAUAUCGGGCCAACAGCCAUGCAUUUUAUCAUGUAUAGUUCCAAAUUCGUCUGCUGAUACUGCUGGCCUUCACACUGGGGAUUUUCUCAUUUCAGUUAAUGGUACAAAUGUAUCGAAACUGCCUCACGAAGUUGUUGUUCAGCUCAUAAAUGAUUCCAAUGGAACGAUUCGUUUAGCUAUUGCCGAAAAUUACUUUUCGGAUAGCUCAGAUGAAGAUUUGAAUGUGGGGUGGCAAAAUGAAAACAUAAGAAGCGUCCACGAAGGACGGUCGAGACGACCAAAAUAUCCACAUCAUAAGGUCAAAAUAGUGAGAUCGCAACAACAAACUCGUCGAAAGCCGGAAAUUGAGCAAGUACAUCUAUUGUCGACAGACCAAGCAUCUGGAGUAGGUGGAUUACCAUAUCCACAUUCAGCGGAUCAUCCGGAUAGUAUUUCUGCAUACAACAUAAUACAUUCGGCUCAUGCCAGCAACAAUAGGGACAUAAAAAAUGUUAGUGCAAUGGUUUCUACACAUAAGAACGACAGCGAACCCAAUUUACUGCCACUUGAAUAUCGUACGGUGGUUGGUUAUUUGGGCACAAUUGAAAUGCCAAAACAAAUCGGAUCGAAUUCAAUGUUUCAAACGGUGCGAAGUUGCAUUCGGAAAAUGCGAAAUGAAAAAAGAACACCUACCGUAGUUUUGAUGCAGAUUCUACCCAAUUGCCUGAAGUUGUAUAACUCGACCGAUGUAUUAUUGGCAAAAUAUCCAGUCGCUCGUCUCAGCUAUGUGAGCAGCAACAGUAACAGUACCAACAAUACAGGCGUACCAAGUUGUGAUGGUGAUUUGCGCUUCUUUGGAUUGGUCACUUCUUCAACGUACAAUGAUGGCAAAGUGUGUGAUUGGGUUGCAAAUAGUUCAGGUGGUGGCAGCAGUAGCAAACAACCAGAAGUUAUCGUAUCAAGUAGCUGCCAUGUUUUUGUGAUCGAUUUGAAACUCAUCGACCAUGGCGACCAUUUUACGCGAGCGGAACAAUUCUCUAUUGUCUGUACACGAGAUCCCGUUACAAAUUGUUGCUUAGAGUUUCCAAGCACCUCAGAGUAUGUCGUGAAUUUGAUAAAAAUAAUGUACGCUUUAAAUUUAGACCGACCAACACAGCAGUCUGUAGAUGGGCAAUGUCGUCGAUCAGUGCAAAGAGUUGCCGAUUGGAAUGCACGUCCCCAUCAUUUGCGCAAUCAAAGUAACAAUCCAAAUGGUAGACAAAAUUCUCCACAGCCAAGUAACCAUAGUGAAAUUACCACCUCGAGUAAUUCAGAUUCUGGAAUUGGUUUUCACAAUGAUUUCACGAACAUUUCCGAUCGCAUUGUGGUGGUUGAUUUUCCAAAUCGCGCCAGUCAUAGCCAGCAACGAGCAGCUCCACAAUCACUGAAUAAUCCACAACAAUCGAUUAGGUUCGGUUCAGAAAGACCAUUCCCAUUUGGGACGGAAUCGGUGCGAAAUAUUCGAUCAACAAUCAGCAACAAUCAUGCAAUGACAGAUGUGUCAAAACGCAUUAUAUUUCAUUCCAAAUCCAGAUCGUUGGACUAUACAUUAAAUGAUGAAAAUCAAUUGGCUGGCCCGAGCCGAAAAUCACUACCAAAUGCAGCAGUGCAUCUUGUACGAGCUAUGCCAGAUCGAUGCCAACCCGUACCAAAGAUGCCAUUGCAAGAAAACUGCAUUUCAAUGCCGAACUCACCAGUUAAACACGAACGAUAUGAAACGAUUUUUGGAGCCACCGAUUCGGAGAAAACCAUUUCAGAUCAAGCAACAGAUCAACAGGACAUUCUUCAAUCAGAUGACGUGGAAAUCAAAGAAUGUCGAAGCGAUUCAGCAAUAUUAUUCGCUAGAUCAUGCGAUGACCUCAUGAUAACUGCCCGUGCCCAUCAGUUUCCAAAAACUCGUCAAGUACAGCAGUUGCUUGCAUCAUUUGAUGACGUUUCAUUACUAGGCGAAGCUCCUCCUCCUCCAUUGCCAUAUCGAUCAAAAGUUAAAAACCCACCAAAUGGCGAAGAUGACAACGAUGACUAUGUGUUUUUGGCUCCACAAGCACCGGCACUUAUGAAAAGAACCAAAAACAAAAAAGGAUCUGCAUCUGGUGAUAAAUUGAAUGGUUCUAAGAGUGCCGUGGAUGAAGUCCUAUCAUACAAGCUCCACAAAAGUCCAAAAGUGUUCGGUCCAAAGAGUCACGGAAGCGGCAAGCAUUCAAAUAAGGCCAAGAAAAGGCUUUCGAUUGAACCAAAACCGGAAUCGGACAGAAAAAUGUGCUCCAUUAAGGAUCGCGAUUUUAGUGUUUGGGGCAGCCUGCAAGACUUAGAAAUGUUGAACCGUUUGGAUAUUGGGAAUUCGUCAGACCAACGCAUUUCGCGACGUGAUUUUUUAGAGCCAGCCUACAGCGAACCCAAUCUAUUGACUCGCACAUUGCCAAAUUCAUCAUCACCAUUCCGACGUUGGGGUCAGUCAUCUUUUCGGUCGCGUUCUAAUGAUCUUACACCAGCUAAUUUAACAAAUCAUCGACCAUCAUCACUCGUGGCUUCAGAAAAUGAUGUUUAUUCGAAGUCCGUAGAUAAUGACGACGAUACAUGUACAUUGAAGAGCAAAGGCAGCGACAGAACGAGCACAAUAAAUAUUGUCGCAUCAAAUCGCAUCAUUAUAACCGUCGAUUCCCCAAGUCAUGGCGUCCAAGUAUGGGGAAAUUCGUUUGAAAAGUUAUUAGAGGAUGCCGCAGGCCUUCACACAUUUGCUGAAUUUCUCAAGAAAGAGUUCUCUGCCGAAAAUAUUUACUUCUGGACCGCCUGCGAACGAUACAGAAAAAUUACGGUUCAUGCGGAGAGAACAAAAGAGGCUAACGCAAUAUUUUCAAAGCACUUGGCGACGGGUGCAUCUGAGCCAGUCAAUGUUGAUUCAAAAGCACGAUCUCUUGCGCAGGAGAGACUUAACUAUGCCGAACCCGAUCUGUUCAUACCUGCACAAAAGCAAAUCUUCAAUUUAAUGAAGUUCGAUAGUUACCAACGGUUCAUAAGAUCUGAUCUAUAUAAAACGUGCUUAACAGCUGAACAACAAAAGCAGCCUCCACCAUAUCCAGGUAAUCAACUAGAUCCACAGCUACGUACGUCGGUAGAACUGUAUGAGAAACAUACAACAGUGACAUCAUCCAAAUUGAAGAAAUCCCUUAGCAAUGCAGAGGACCGCAGACGAAAAUCUUUAUUACCUUGGCAUAGAAAGACGCGAUGUAAGUCAAAGGACCGGUCGAAUGAAGAAUUUCUACGGAAUGAAUCACUUAAAAAUGCAGCAACCAAUUCGCAUUUGACAAUAAAUAUAAAUCAAUCACAAAACGACAUACAUAGUUCGCGUAGCUCGUUGUCUAGUUUUGAUGCUGUGAUUUCAUCACGAGCAAAUGGUGCAGUUUCACCAGUUGGCUCGAGCGAAGAUUCCCCGACGCGCAGCUCUCUGUGUCGUGUUAUAUUAUCGGAUGGAGCUACAACAAUCGUACAAACCAGACAUCAUGAAAGUAUUCGAACUCUAAUCGAUCGGCUGCUGGAGAAAAGGGGAAUUCCCUACGAAGCAUAUGAAGGAUUUGUGGCUGGAACAAAUAAACCGAUUGACCUGAACAUGUCGAGUACAUCAGUGGCCGGCAAAGAAGUGUUAAUCGAACAACGUGUAGUAUUUAAGUUGGAUUUGCCAAACAAGAAAAUUAUUUCGGUGAAAAGUAAGCCAUGCAAAAUAAUGAGUGAAGUCCUCAAACCAAUUUUGCAAAAGUACAACUAUCAAUUGGAUAUGGUCACGGUACAAACAAGAACAAGCUCUGAGCCAUUAUCAUUGUCCGCUCCAGUUACGUCCGCCGAUGGUCUUCGUUUACAAGUCGUAUUUAAUGACGACGUUCAAACAUCAGCGCAGGAUUCACUUAAUGAGAUUACCAAUAAAGUAUUCAAUGAAUUAAUGCAGUCAAAAAACGUGGACAUUAGUCAAAGUUCCUCUUUACAAACAAGUCAACAUCAAAAUCAUCAUCGACCACCACUGCAACAACAGCAACAACAACAGCAACAGCAGCAGCAGCAGCAGCAACUACAUAGUAAUAUUCCAAAUCAACAGGAUGAAAUCAGUGGGCGAUCAGAUGAUUGGUGCUCAGAAAGCAGUUCAGGGAAUUUCGGCCCAUUACGGCAACUUGCAGUCAAAGGUCGUUCUUUGGUUCCGGUCAGCAAGCAAAGAAAAUUUUCGAUAACACCAUCCUCAUCAAGUGUUUCGUUAUUGACAUCAACUAGCUCAAAAGAUAACGCAAGCACAUCAUCAAAGACAAUCACAGACACGAGCUGUUCGUUUCCUCUAAUCAGUGGAACCUCCAGUGAAUCGACUGAUCUUAAUAAGAAACCUCUCAUUGCAAAAUGGAAAACUGGAGUUCGAUUGCAGAACGCAACAUCCUCACCUUCAACACCAACGGACAGCAAAGAUCUUCUUGAGGGUUUGAAACGUGCUCAACGCUUUCGUUUGGAGGAUCAACGUGGUACUGAAAUCAACUUCGAACUACCUGAUUUUCUGAAGGAUAACAACCCGAGCAAGUGGAAAAACAUACACACUUUUCCAACAGGAGGAAUGGCUCCGGAGGAUGUCAUUGAAAAUGAAACACACAAGAAACCGUCUGGAAAAGCACCUCAACCGGCACCAAGACUCCGAAAUUCCCAAAAUAAUUGCAUUGAAAGUAGUUCGUACUCUGAAAAAGUCAACGAAAACGAAGACAAGAAGCAUAUCCUGUACAGUUCAUUUAGUCCAGGUUCUGAACAAAGUGAUUCUUCACCACAAAAAUACACUAUCGGAAUGCUACCUCCACCAUUGCCUCCAAAGCCAAAAAUAAAGCCAUCUUCUUGGGUCGGCGAUUCACAGAAUCUCUUAGCACACGGUAUACGAAACAAUAUCAAGGCGUCAGAUCGAGUCAAUAGCAUGUUAAGUGCAACAAUGACAGACAAAAAAUUGCCACAGCCGCGAACAAUUUAUUUUGAUCGGUUGAAUAGUAGUUUUGUGUGAAAUUGAAAACAAAUUCUAACCAGAGUCUGAGUGAAUAUAUAAUUUCAUAAGAUUUUGUGAUGAGAGCGAAUUAUUUAAAAAAAGGUUGUUCAUUGUCGAUUUAAUCGACAUAUUUCUUCUCUUAAAAUGAAAUUCUUCGCCAUUGUAGACGAAUAUAUUUUACACUUGAAUUUUCUAUUUAUUACAAAAAACCACAAUAAUUUUUAUGCGAAACAAAUAAAAUUCCGAUCAUGGAUUUC